UGUUUUGAUAUUGUUGCAAUGCGUGCAGUACAAGUUUUAUUUUAUUUUUGUUAAUUACUAUAUUUAAUAUAAUUAAAAUAGUUGAAUAAUUUUUUCUUCGCGUUUAUAUUUUAUCAAUAAAUUUUUAUAUAGUUACAAAAACGAAUGCAUUACGACGGAAUCCAACAUAUCAUAAUCGUCCUUUGACUACCGCUUAUGAUGUAAAGAUAGUUUCCGAUUUCGUUUUGAUUGGUUAACAACUGUCGCUAUCAUGCAAAAAGUUAUUGUUGAGAUUUCUCGUUUUUUUAACAAAAUAUUGAUUUAGCUUCAGAUUAUUAUUCAAACGUGAAACAGCCAUGCAGCGCGAACAAUCGAAAAUUACAGCGCUUCGGAAAAAUGAAAGGAAACGAGGAGCUCGCACACCAGACAGAGUUGAUGUGCGUAAUGUGGAUAUUAGCACAAUGAGCUUAUCUUCUCCUAAGAGAAGUGUUCAUACAUCUCGAAUGUCUAUGAUGCCUUCAUCUGGAAAUAGUUCUGUAAAUUUGAGAAAAAUAGAAUUGGAAAAUAAUAAUUUAGAACUUGAACUUAUUUAUAGCGAAUAUGUAUCAUCAUAUGCUGAAUUGUUUCUUGAACAAAAAAGCCUCAAAGAAGAUGAAGAUUCUUUUGAAAUAUCAUUGAAGAAAGCUCACAAAGAAACUAAAUCUUUAUUGGAAAAUAAAAAAUCAAUUGAAACAAGAAUCAAUGAUAUCAAAGCUCUUACUUGUAUAAAUGAUUAUUUAGAUAGUGUUCAAUCAACUUUUAAUGACUGUAAAGAGAAAGAGCAAAAACACAAAACUCUUGACAUAUUGAAACAUCUUAGAGAGUUACUCGAUAGAUUUAGUAUAUUGCGCUGUGAAAAUAUUAUUUUACCUAGUGGUCCGGAAGAAUUGAAACAAUUUAAAAAGACUUUAAAUAAUUGCUCUGAUCUUUUGACUGAAAUAAACAGAUUUUUUAACAGUAAUGAAAUGGAAACUAUUGCUGCUUAUUAUAGAGAGUUUUUACUAAUGUGCAAAGAGAUAUCCAGCAUUAAAAAAAUGGUUGAAGAAAAGAUUUAUGAUUUACAAAUUGAAAAUUUAAAAUCAUGUGCAAAUUUGCUUUCUCAAAAUGAAGAAAACUUUUUGAAUUGAAUAAAUAUUACAUUCAAAUGUACAUUCGUUAAAAACAGAAUGUACAUUUGAAAUUGUAUUACUAUACACAUUACAAUAUUGCAUUUAAAGUUUUUAGCAAAAUCAGUAAUAAAAUAACUAUUUUUUAAA